AUGAAAAUAAUAAAAGUAAUUUUGGUUGUUUUAUUGUUUUCAUUUUUUGAAAAAACAUUUUCAAAUUCAAUCACUUUACCAAUUUUUAGUAAUAGAAUAAAAAAUGAAAAAUCAAUUAAACAAAUAUAUUAUAAUAAACAAGAAAAAAGUUAUUCAGUUAAAAUGGAAGGUGAUACAAUUCAAAUUUUAACAAAUAUUAAUGUUGGAGGUAUAAGUCAAAAAGUUAUUGUUGAUACAGGAUCAGUAUUAUUAGUUGUACCAUCGAUAUUAUGUAAAAAUUGUCGUCAACCACAACCAUAUUAUUCACCAUCACCAAUGGUUGAAUUUAUGGAAUGUGCAAAAAAGGAAUGUCAUGAUAUGGGUAAUACAUGUAUUGAAUUUAGAGACACUCAUAGAAAAGUUUGUGGUAAUGGUGUUCGUUAUUUACAAAAUACUGAAAUCAUUACAUUAUUAGUUAAAGAUACAUUUAGUUUUUCAAAUGAAACUGGUGAUGUUUUAGCAACAUUUGGUGCAAUAGUUUCAAAUACUGGUCGUCCUUUAGAACAUGGUAUUUUGGGUAUGGGUAAAACUUGUAAUGGAUGUAGAAAAUCACCAGUUGAAAAUAUAUUUGAAAAAACAAAUAUUAAAAGAAUAUUUUCAAUGUGGUUAGAUAAUAAUUAUCAAGGUUUAAUGAAUUUAGGUGAAGUUGAAGAUAAAUAUAAGAAAUCGAUAAUGUAUACACCAUUGGUAACAAUUGAUCAAUCACAUUAUGGUGUACUAUUAAGUAGUGUAAGUUUAGUAAAUUCUUUUACUAAUGAAAGUUUAAUAAUGACAUCAAGAGAUUUCGGUGAAGUUAUCAUUGAUACUGGUACAUCCUAUUCAUUAUUAGAAGUAAAUGCAUUUAAAAAGAUUUCAUUAUCACUCUCCAAAGGUUGUCCACCAGGUUGUUGUGGCGAAAAUAGUUUAUUGGAUGGUUUUUGUUAUAAUUAUCCUGAUGAAUAUUUCGAUUCAUUCCCUGUAAUUCAUGUUGAAAUGUUGGGUGGUGCUUUCAUUGAUAUUGAGCCACAAAGUUAUUUCUCUACAACUUAUAGUGGUGGUGUUAAAUAUCGUUGCUUUGGUAUUAGACCAUCACCUUUAAAAGGGAAAUCAAUUAUUGGUUUAUCUUGGCUAAGAAAUAAUUAUUUAGUUUUUGAUACAGAACAUAAUAGAAUGGGAUUUAGUUAUAAAGAAUUUGAUUUUGAUCCAUUAGCAUCAUAUGAUUUUAGUUCAUCAAGUCAUAAUGAUAUUAAUAAUAAUGAUGAUAAUAAUAGUGAUGACUAUAGUAGUAUUGAAAGAGAGGAUACAUCUCAAGAUGGUUCAGAAUUAACACCAAGUGUUACCAAUAGAAUGGUUAUAAAAAUUACUGAUGCAAAUCAAUUAGAAGAAGAAUAUCAAAAGAAUUUAAAACAAGAACCUGAAUUUUUAUUAUUAGAGGAAGAAUUAAAUUUUAGAAAUAAUAAAAAUAAAAAUAAUGAAGAUAAAAAUAAUGAAAAUAAAAAUAAAAUCGAAAACUAUUCAUUAAAUAAUUCAAAUAAAACAAAAUCAGUAAUAAAUUCAAUUUCAAAUAAAGAAAUACCAAUUAAAUCACAAACUAAUAACUUUAUAAAGAGUGAAAAAAUGAUUAUUUCAAAAUGUAAUGUUAAUUUUGAAAAUGAAACAAAUUAUUGUAAUUCAGAUAGAUUUUCAAAUAAUAAUAAUAAUAAUAAUAAUAAUAAUAAUAAUAAUAAUAAUAAUAAUAAUAAUAAUAAUAAUAAUAAUAAUAAUAAUAAUAAUAAUAAUAAUAAUAAUAAUAAUAAUAAUAAUAAUAAUAAUAAUAAUUUAAUAAAUACAAAACCAAAUGAAAUUAAAUCAUUAAAAUCUAAUUUUGAAAAUCCUUCAAAUAAUUUAGAAAGAUCAAAAAAGAAAACAAACUCUUUUAAAAGUGCACACACCAAUUGUAAAAUUGAAUUCACUCAAAAGAAAUACUUUCAAUGGAUUGAUAAUAAUGCAAAAUUUUUUAAUUUCUGGGAAAGUACAAUUGAGAAUCUUUCGGAUAAAAGUAUAAAUAGCUUUUUAUUAUCAACAAUGGAUAAUAUAUCUUAUGUUAUUGGUAUGAAUUAUACUUUGGAAGGUUCGACUACUCAAAUUUCUCUACCUCCAAGUAUUUUAAUUCCUCCAAAAUCAUCUUAUCGUUGGUUAUACUUAACUACUGCCAAAGAUGCAAUUAGUUUCUCUGUUGGAAAUUGUUCUAUUUUAAUUGAAAAGAAAAAAUAA